AUGAUUAGCAUACGUUUUUUGUUACGACCAUUACAACAAUCAUCCAAACGUCGUUUAUCGACGUUAAGCCAAGUUAUUGAUAAACGUUUAAAUUCUGAACUUGAUUCUAUUCGACAAGCAGGCACGUGGAAAUCAGAGCGAAUUAUUUCAACCAGUCAAAGUGCACAUAUUAAAGUUCAAAAUUCAAAAAAUGACCUUUUAAAUUUUUGUGCAAAUAAUUAUUUGGGGUUAGCAAAUAAUACUGAAAUUAUAAAAGCAGCUAAGAAUGCUCUUGAUGAGUAUGGAGCUGGCCUAAGUUCAGUACGAUUUAUUUGUGGUACACAAACAAUACACAAACAACUUGAACAAGCUAUUGCCAAGUUUCAUAAACGAGAAGAUGCAAUUCUCUAUAUAUCGUGUUUUGAUGCCAAUGCAGGCAUUUUCGAAACACUACUUAAAGAACAAGACUAUAUAAUCAGUGAUGAAUUAAAUCAUGCAUCAAUUAUCGAUGGUAUUCGUUUAUGUAAAGCCAAACGAUUACGUUAUAAAAAUAAAGAUAUGUCUGAUCUUGAAUCAAAAUUACAAGAAAGUCACAAUGAUAAAACUGAAAAUGUAAUUCGAUUGAUUGCUACUGAUGGUGUUUUCUCAAUGGAUGGUACGAUUGCACCAUUACCUGAUAUUCGACGGUUAGCAGAUAAAUAUAAGGCAUUGGUUUUCAUUGAUGAAUGUCAUGCAACUGGAUUUUUUGGAAAGACCGGACGUGGUACCGAAGAACACUUUGACAUGAUUGGAGGUGUUGAUAUUAUUAAUUCAACAUUGGGAAAAGCACUUGGUGGAGCGGCAGGGGGAUAUACAACAGGACCCAAAGCACUUAUUGAUCUUUUACGACAACGUUCAAGACCGUAUCUUUUUUCAAAUACAUUGCCGCCACCUAUUGUAGCUAGUGCUAUGAAAGCUAUUGAAUUAAUAGACAAUGACACUAGUUUACCUGGUCGAGUACUUGAUAAUGCUAAAUAUUUUCGUCAAGAAAUGCAAGAAUUAGGUUUCAAAAUUCUUGGUGACGAUCAUCCAAUCUGUCCAGUUAUGCUUGGUGAUGCUCGAUUAGCAAGUCAAUUUGCUGAUGAAAUGCUUAAACGAGGCAUUUAUGUUAUUGGAUUUAGUUAUCCUGUGGUACCAAAAGAUCGUGCUCGUAUUCGUGUACAAGUAUCAGCUGCUCAUUCAAAAGCUGACCUUCAACGAUGUAUUGAUGCAUUUGCGCAAGUUGACACAAUAAAAAGAAGAAAUAUAAUCAUGUCUGGAGGACCAAACUCGUGGUCUCAAUUUGUUGGUAAAAAGGCUGAUGAUGCUGAAAGCCACAUAAAAUCAGAAGGUUUUAAUACUGAAGUAAUGCCCGAAGGAGCACCAUGUACAAGGGAUUUUCGUCCCAAUCGUGUUCGCAUAUUUGUUGAUACCAAUAACGUUGUUGUUGCAACACCACACACUGGCUAA